UAUUCAUCGUCAAACACCAGCCGUGAAAGCAUACAGCAAUCAAGCCCCAGAAUAGAUCAUAUCUCCUCGCGUAGCUCAAGCUGAGGUUAAUUCAAUCGAGUUGUUCCAGCCCGGCCGAACGAGAUGAACAUACGCGCACUUAUACCUCGGGGCAUGGCAUCUCGCAAGGUCGUCCUGGCAGUGCUUUUCCUGCUGUUAUUGUUCAUCUUCCCGGCAAUUGCCUUUGCAUUUACAGGCGGCAUGCAUACAGAGUCCGUGCACCGCAGACUGGGAGAGAGGAGCGUCAAGGCCGACACGCUAAGCCACAGACCUGUCCAGCGACAUCGCAAACUUGGUCAAGAGACCAAGCCUCCUCAGGACGCCGAGUUCAACGUGGUUAGCUAUGGAGCCGUUGGCGAUGGCAAAACUGAUGACACCCCGGCGUUUCAGAAAGCUUGGGCCGCGGCCUGCUCAUCGUCUAAGCCAGCCACCAUGUUGGUUCCGAAGGAGAAGGAAUUUCUCGUCAAGCAGACCACCUUCUCGGGGCAGUGCAAGUCGAGCGUCAGAUUCAAGCUCGACGGAACGUUGGUAGCACCCGGACGAUCAUCUUGGCCGAAGGAGAACAUGAAUAAGUGGAUUAUGUUUAACAACGUUGAUAAGCUAACCGUGUCGGGCGAAGGGACUAUGGACGGGAAAGGCGAAGUAUGGUGGAAGAACUCGUGCCGAAUCGACAAGAACCUCAAGUGCACAGAGGCCCCCACGGCGUUGUUGCUCAGCAAGUGCAAUCACUUGAAGGUAGAAAAUAUCAAGCUCUUAAACAGCCAGCAAAUGCAUAUGUCCGUCGAAGAUUGCAAGGACGUAGUUCUAAAGCAUAUCACGAUCGUUGCGCCCGGAGACAGCCCUAAUACCGAUGGCAUCCACAUUGCCCGCACGAAGGAUAUACAAGUCAUGGAUUGCAACAUUAAAACUGGAGACGAUUGCAUGUCUAUCGAGACCGGAACCGAGAACUUGUACGCCUCAAAGAUAACAUGCGGCCCGGGUCACGGAAUCAGCGUCGGAAGCUUAGGUGACAAAAAUUCUGAAGCUCGUGUUUCCAACAUAACUAUCAACAAAGCACACCUUAUUGGCACGACGAAUGGUGCACGCAUAAAGUCGUGGCAAGGAGGAAAGGGAUAUGCCAAGGACAUCACAUUUGAGGAUAUCAUCAUGGACAAGGUCAAGAAUCCAAUAAUCAUUGACCAAAAUUAUUGCUAUAUGGAUGAUCCUUUGCAGCCCAAGGCAUGCAAGAAACAAAAUUCGGCGGUGGAGCUAAGUAAUAUCCAGUUCAAGAAUAUAAGAGGCACGAGUGGAACAAAAGAGGCUAUCAAGCUAGACUGCAGCGACACCAUCCCAUGCCAUGAUCUAGUGAUGCAGGAUGUAAAACUUACCUUCAGCGGGAAAGGCAAAGGUGCUACAAGUACAUGCAAGAACGCUAAGCUAAAGAAAUCGGACAAUGUCAUUCCAAAAACAUGCUGA